AUGGCCAACUCAGCACUGGAGAUAGUGGGUCUGAUAUUGACCCUGAUCGGGCUGAUUGGGGCGGCAGCGAGCACUGGGAUGCCAAUGUGGCGAGUCACAGCCUUCAUUGGGGAGAACAUCAUUGUGUUUGAAACCCGCUUCGAGGGUCUGUGGAUGAAUUGCUAUCGGCAGGCCGACAUCAGAAUGCAGUGUAAGGUGUACGACUCUCUCCUGGCUCUGCCCCCUGAUCUGCAGGCAGCAAGGGGGCUAAUGUGCUGCGCUCUGGCGUUGGGUGGCCUUGGUCUGCUGAUCAGUUUGCUGGGGCUGCAGUGCACGUCAUGCAUAGAAAACAACGACCGAGCUAAGCGACUGGUCCUCAUCAUUGCAGGAACCAUGAUCUUAAUGGCUUGCAUCUGCGUCAUUGUCCCCGUGUCCUGGACAGGUCACGUCAUCAUCAGGGACUUCUACAACCCCUUGCUGAUCGACGCCCAGCGCAGGGAGCUUGGAGAGGCUCUCUACAUUGGCUGGGUGGCCUCCGCUUUCUUUUUUGCUGGAGGAUGCAUGUUUAUUUGUUGCAAUCUGCAGUCCGAGGACAAAGUUUCAGAGAGGUAUGUGUACUCAAGGGCCUCCGACUACAUGGCCUAUCCACAGCCUCUACAGCCUCAACAGCUGGUGCUACUUCCCCAAACACAACCCCCGUUUCAGCCAGUGCUGUCAAGACAUCCAUCAACCAACUAUAGCUACCAGCCCAGAUACCCCUCUGUACGCAGUGGAGUGGCAUAUCUCUAA